GCAACUCUCAUCGCCCUCCUUUUUCACAUUUUCCUGCAAAACAAUCAAAGUUUACAAAACAAACCCCAAAAAUAAGGGGAAAAGAUAAAAAAAAGACCCAAAUCAUUCGAGAGCAGAUAAGAAAUGGGCAUCCAAAAUCUCCUCCGAUUCCUCAAGCCCUUCAUAUUUCCCGUCCACAUCAAAAAGUACUCGGGCAAAAGAGUUGGAGUUGACGCCUAUUCAUGGCUUCACAAAGGAGCUUAUUCCUGCAGCAUGGAGCUGUGCCUUAACUCGAAGACGGAAGCUUCAAAGAGAUACUUGAAGUAUUUUAUGCAUCGGAUUAAUCUUUUGAAGCAUUAUAAUAUUACCCCAGUUGUUGUUUUUGAUGGGGGUAAUAUUCCUUGCAAGUCUGAUACCAAGAAUGUUCGACAUAGGGGAAGAGAGACCAAUCUUGAAUUGGCGAAAGAGAAGCUUAAAGAAGGGGAUGUUCGUGCUGCCAUCGAGUUCUUUCAAAGAGCAGUACACAUCACUCCGACAAUGGCGCAUGAACUAAUUCAGAUUCUGAGAUCAGAGAGCAUUGAAUUCAUAGUUGCUCCAUAUGAGGCCGAUGCACAGCUAGCAUAUUUAUCAUCUCUUAGUGCUGAUCAAGGAGGCAUUGAAGCUGUAAUAACAGAGGACAGCGACCUUAUUGCAUAUGGUUGUCAAAAGGUUAUAUUUAAGAUGGACAAAUAUGGAAAUGCUGAAGAGUUUUUGAUGGAUAAGGUUUUAAACAGUGUUGGUGAUGGGUUAUCUUUCAAGCAUUUUGAUAAAGAAUUGUUCACAGGCAUGUGUGUCUUAGCCGGCUGUGAUUUUCUUCCCUCUAUUUCCGGAAUUGGAACUAAACGAGCCCACUCUUUGGUGUCCAAGUACAGAAACCUAGAUCGUGUUCUAUCAGUAUUGAACCUUGAUAAGAGAUAUCAAGUGCCAGAAGAUUAUUCAGAGUCAUUUGGAAGGGCCAUUGCCGUCUUUCACCAUGCACGAAUAUACGAUGCAGAAACUAAAUCAUUAAAGCCUUUGAAGCCUUUGGAUCAGAAGCAUGUGAAAUGUCUAAAUGGAGACCUCGAUCUUCUUGGACCAGAUCUUCCACCAUCAAUAGCUGCUGCCAUUGCUGAAGGCCACCUGAAUCCUAUAACAAUGGAAGCUUUUAAUCACUACCCCAAACUUGAAACCUGCUACAGCGUGGAAAAAGUCCCCGGUUUUGAUCAAGGAAAGUCAGAUGAAUCACAAACAACAUGCACUCAAGAAAGCUGCGUUACGAUCUUUUCUGCACAUCAGUCCAGCAACGAAAACAGCAGCAUUACAGAGCAGAUAGUUAUGGAUAAAGAGAAAUAUAAGAAAGAGGCUCUUGCACUUGGAAAAUUGGCUGCUCCUAUGAAAACUCAAGAGGUGGCAAAACUUGAAGUACACAAGAAUGAGGUACCAAAUAAUAACCCUUUCAAGAGGAGAAAACUAGAUAAUGCAACUCCAGAGGAGAAAGAUAUUUGCAAAGACAUAGUUGGACAAUCACCUGAUGUCCUUUGUUCAUCAUCCCCAGAAUCACAAGUGACCAUAGAGCUUAAAUCUCCAGUAGAAGCGUCAAUUAGAAAACACGGGAAACUCAAAAAACCUAUAUCUAGAAAGGGUCACAAGGGUGUGAGCAGUGAGAAAAAAGGUAUACUGAAAUUUUUUGAACGAUUGUAGUAAAACAUUUUGUAUCAGAUCCAAGUUUUGUAGUAAAAUAUUUCGUAUCAGAUACAAGUUUUUCUCGGUAGUCCUCCGCUGAAGUCAUAUUAAAGACUGUAACUUUGAUCUUUGUGC